GCCUAUUCCGGCGAGCCCGUUCAUCUUCUGGAUCGUGCCACAGCGAGCUCCUCCGACUGGAGAGGGUGCUCGGUGGCUUCGUCGCUGCCUGGAGGAACCGGCCGCGGUGGUUCGCUUCGCUUGGGGAGGACGGUCCGACGCUGUUGGUAUUUCCUCCACCAAUUCUGGUCAUGCGGAAGGAUGAAAGGGAUUUUGAUGCCAAAAGACAAAAUGUUCAAAGUUGGUCAAAAUAUUACUGAGUUUGAACCUAGAAAUUUUCUUGCAUUAAUCAAAUGCCUUGCAUAUGAUGGUUCUACACCUGGGAAGCUCAAAAUUGCUUCUACGAAAAAUUGGUUGUCAGCCUUCUAUCGUUUCAUCGGGCACCGCCAAUUGCCAAUACAUCAAUUACGGGGAACAAGUGAUCUUAAACAUAGUGUUGAAAAUGGACUGAAACAGUCGGGGGUUACAGUGGGUACAGUAUCAAAAAAUAAGGUUGAAGACUUAGCUGAGCUUUGUGAAGAAGAGAAGGAUAUCGUGCUUAAGAAAUGCAAGAGUGGGCUCUCCGAAGAAGGAAUAGCACUGAGCUCCCGGAACAAAGAGGAAAACGUGGACUCUGAAGCUAGAAAUGGAAAUGUUGAAGUUGCUGAUGAUGGAGGAAGUGGAGGAAAAUUCAAAAAAGGAUAUGAAUCAAGGGAACGAAGAAGAAGCAAGUAUUUGUCACCUCCAUACGUAAAUACUAACUGGGCAUGCAAAAACUUGCCCGAUUCAGAAGAAAAUCAAACGGAAAACGGUAAGGGAGUUCCCCAAGGAGGGCAAGGCACUAACAGGAUCUCUGUCCAGCCGGUAGGAUCCCUUCCAAUUGGAAAGCAUACUGGGAAGAAGUUAAAGAACAAGGCCUUCAAAAAAGCAAUUCAAGGGCCUAAUGCUUCAGGAAUACUAGAAGCAACAAAGGCAUGCUCGCUGGAUAUGCUCUCUGAACUUCGUUUUGCUGCUCUAGAUUGUUAUUAUCCUAGUGAAAGUAAAAAUUUUGAUUCAGUUGAUAGAUUUUUUUCUGAAUUUAGAAGAUUUGUGUUUCAUGAGAAGCCCAACCAGGAGAUGGAUGAUUAUAGGCAUGAACCUGCAGAAGAGUCUACAGAGGUGCAUCUUCUACAAACAUUACCUGGAGGUGAAGUUCCGAUAGAUGAAGCAAAGGAAAUGGUAGGAGGAUCUACAGAAUCCCGGGGAACACACAGUUUUGCUGGCACACCAAAUAUAAAUGACUCUGCUGACUACCCUGGUUUAGUGGGUAAAGAUUCAAAGAAGAGGAGAAAGAAGAAGGAAGUGGAGAAAGAAGAAGGAAGUAGCUACUGUCACCUAGGGCUCAAUGUGACUUCUAAAGGGAAGGGGAGAAAGAAGAAGGAAGUAGCUACUGUCAAUUCAAAUAAUGAAAACAUUCCUGGCCUUUCAAAUGCAAUCUCGAAUCUUAAAAGGGGGUCUUUGGUAAUAAAUUUCCAGGAGACAGAUUGCCCUGCACGGGAUGUUCUGUCAGUACAGAAGAAAAGAAAGAAGGCAGGAAAAACGCCAAAGCUUCUGCAGGCUAAAGGAGCGGUGGACUUGCCCGAUUUGAAUGGGAACUGUGUUACACCGGGCUCAUUGGUACAAGAGACACAUGCAACCGAGCUCAUUACACCUGACAGGUCUGAGUUGAAGAAGAGAAAGAGGGACAAAGCUGCUUCUGUGCAAUCUAGAACUAAGAAUAAUAAUGGCUUAACUGAUGUGAAUGUAAACAAUCCUAACCUUGGCUCACUCGUUAAAGAUGUGCCACUUUCGGGUCCUUCAUCCCAAAAUGCUGAUGAGCUAAAUAACGAGGAGAAGGGAGGGGCCGCUUCAUUGUAUCUGAACAGCAAGCCCGAUGCUACUGUGAAAAAUGCUGAAGAUAGCUCAUUUGUUGAGUAUCAGGGACUGAUGAGCCUAGUUUCGCCUGAUAACAAGCCUGGGCCCAAGAAGAGGAAGAAAAAGGAGAAAACGCCUGCUUACAAUCUGACGACUGAAGGUAGUCCUGCCAUCCCGGAUUUGAAUGGAAAUGCUACUGAAUCUAGCUCGGUGGGUAAAACUUUGCCAGGGGUGAACACCACUACUGUUGAAGGUAAACCCCAGCGAAAGAGGAGAAAAAGAGAUAAACCUGAUUUUGGGACAGUUCAAGUUAAUGGAGAGGCUUCAGAAACUGCUCUUCUCUUGAGGUUUGCUCAUGGAUUUCCAGUGCCUUCAAAAGAGGCUCUGGCUGCAACUUUUUGUGGGUUUGGGCCGGUGAAUGAAUCAGCAACACAGCCUUUGAAUCAUUCUGGUACAGCACAGGUUGUUUUCAAUAGCGGUUCUGAUGCUAGAGAUGCCUUUCGUAGCUUAGAAAAGAGCAGCCCUUUUGGGCCAGCCCUAGUCAACUACCGCCUCCAUCCUCACUCGGCUGCUUCAAGGGCACUUUCUGGAGCAGAUGUUGACCUGCUUGUGCCAAUGCCCGUCCAGAGCAAGGAUGGAUCCAAGGCUCCAGCAGAGCCUCAUGGUUUGAAAACUCAAGAAGGGGAGGCGCAGGACCUUUUCUAUAUAAGACAGAAUUUGGAGAUGAUGACGUCAAUGCUGGAGAAAUCUGGGGAUAAUCUUUCACCAGAAACAAGAGCCAAACUGGAAAGCGAAAUAAAAGGCCUGCUGAAGAAGGUUAGCACCAUGGUAGGCUCAUCUUCCUCCUCUUAAAUAUGGAUCCUUAUAUUCAAUUUAGGCUGUCUAGAAGGGAAAGUACUGGUAGACUUGGGGUGCUAUAAACUCUCUCUCUCUCUCUCUCUCUCUCUCUCUGUGGAACAUCAUGUUAGUAACUGAAGAUUGUUGGAGUUAAACUGCAUUGAGAGAGCAGAAUCAAUUAUCUGUAAUUAGGGAGGUAGAUAUGUCAGUGCUAGUUCAUGCCAUGAAGCUAAGACCAAUUAGCCUGCUUUAUAGGCCUCUGAUUGAUGAUGUAUAUCCUUGUUGCUGCAUCUUUUGUUGUUUUGAUUCUUCUGAAUUCUACUCGGUGGAGUCUUUGCCCUCUUAGCCGAGGACUGUGUCAGAAUUAACCCCCCUCUUAGCAGAAGUGAAACAUUAUUGGGUUGGAAAUAAUUACCGAACAAGUAUUAGAAAGGUAAAAGGCAUGGAUGAACUUGAGAGAUGUGCGUGCAAUGUU